AUGAAUAACAUCAGCAGAACACCGAAAACAACACCUAUAACGGAUGAUUACGAUAUCUCAAAUACCGUUCUUGGCCUCGGUAUUAAUGGAAAGGUAGUAGAAUGCAAAGAGAAGCGCACGGGCAUGAAGCGUGCACUGAAAGUUUUGCACGACAACGCGAAAGCUAGGCGGGAAGUGGAGCUCCAUUGGAGGGCUAGCGGGUGCAUACAUAUCGUUGAAAUUAUAGACGUAUAUGACAAUACAUACGGAGGGAAGAGAUGUCUGCUGAUGGUGAUGGAAUGUAUGGAUGGCGGCGAGCUCUUCCAGAGAAUACAAGACAACAGAGAAGGAGCUUUUACAGAGAGACAGGCUGCUGAGGUAAGCACAUGUGUACAUUUCUUAACCACUGCUAUACAGAGAAUACAAGACAACAGAGAAGGAGCUUUUGCAGAGAGACAGGCUGCUGAGGUAAGCGCAUGUGUACGUUUCUUAACCACUGCUAUACAGAGAAUACAAGACAACAGAGAAGGAGCUUUUACAGAGAGACAGGCUGCUGAGGUAAGCACAUGUGUACAUUUCUUAACCACUGCUAUACAGAGAAUACAAGACAACAGAGAAGGAGCUUUUGCAGAGAGACAGGCUGCUGAGGUAAGCGCAUGUGUACAUUUCUUAACCACUGCUAUACAGAGAAUACAAGACAACAGAGAAGGAGCUUUUGCAGAGAGACAGGCUGCUGAGGUAAGCGCAUGUGUACAUUUCUUAACCACUGCUAUACAGAGAAUACAAGACAACAGAGAAGGAGCUUUUGCAGAGAGACAGGCUGCUGAGGUAAGCGCAUGUGUACAUUUCUUAACCACUGCUAUACAGAGAAUACAAGACAACAGAGAAGGAGCUUUUGCAGAGAGACAGGCUGCUGAGGUAAGCGCAUGUGUACAUUUCUUAACCACUGCUAUACAGAGAAUACAAGACAACAGAGAAGGAGCUUUUGCAGAGAGACAGGCUGCUGAGGUAAGCGCAUGUGUACAUUUCUUAACCACUGCUAUACAGAGAAUACAAGACAACAGAGAAGGAGCUUUUGCAGAGAGACAGGCUGCUGAGGUAAGCGCAUGUGUACAUUUCUUAACCACUGCUAUACAGAGAAUACAAGACAACAGAGAAGGAGCUUUUGCAGAGAGACAGGCUGCUGAGGUAAGCGCAUGUGUACAUUUCUUAACCACUGCUAUACAGAGAAUACAAGACAACAGAGAAGGAGCUUUUGCAGAGAGACAGGCUGCUGAGGUAAGCGCAUGUGUACAUUUCUUAACCACUGCUAUACAGAGAAUACAAGACAACAGAGAAGGAGCUUUUGCAGAGAGACAGGCUGCUGAGGUAAGCGCAUGUGUACAUUUCUUAACCACUGCUAUACAGAGAAUACAAGACAACAGAGAAGGAGCUUUUGCAGAGAGACAGGCUGCUGAGGUAAGCGCAUGUGUACAUUUCUUAACCACUGCUAUACAGAGAAUACAAGACAACAGAGAAGGAGCUUUUACAGAGAGACAGGCUGCUGAGGUAAGCGCAUGUGUACAUUUCUUAACCACUGCUAUACAGAGAAUACAAGACAACAGAGAAGGAGCUUUUACAGAGAGACAGGCUGCUGAGGUAAGCGCAUGUGUACAUUUCUUAACCACUGCUAUACAGAGAAUACAAGACAACAGAGAAGGAGCUUUUACAGAGAGACAGGCUGCUGAGGUAAGCGCAUGUGUACAUUUCUUAACCACUGCUAUACAGAGAAUACAAGACAACAGAGAAGGAGCUUUUGCAGAGAGACAGGCUGCUGAGGUAAGCGCAUGUGUACAUUUCUUAACCACUGCUAUACAGAGAAUGCAAGACAACAGAGAAGGAGCUUUUGCAGAGAGACAGGCUGCUGAGGUAAGCGCAUGUGUACAUUUCUUAACCACUGCUAUACAGAGAAUACAAGACAACAGAGAAGGAGCUUUUACAGAGAGACAGGCUGCUGAGAUAAUGCACUCGAUCUGCGUGGCCGUACGUCAUCUGCAUGACUCCAACAUUGCCCACCGCGACAUAAAACCAGAGAAUUUGCUUUACACAAGCAUGGAGCCUAACGCAAUCCUGAAAUUGACAGACUUCGGCUUCGCUAAAGAGACGCUUUCGCAGGCGGAUACAUUGCAGACCCCGUGUUAUACACCAUAUUACGUUGCACCAGAGGUUCUGGGUCCAGACAAGUACGAUAAGUCGUGUGAUAUCUGGUCCUUGGGUGUCGUGAUGUAUAUUCUCCUGUGCGGUUUUCCACCCUUCUACUCUAAUCACGGCCUCGCCAUAUCACCUGGGAUGAAAAAGCGAAUUCGACUAGGUCAAUACGACUUCCCGGAGCCAGAGUGGUCGAACGUUUCCGCCGAAGCAAAGAAUCUCAUCCGUGGUAUGCUGUCUGUCGACCCAGCGAAACGACUCACAAUUCACCAAGUGAUGGCGAGUCCGUGGGUGCGGCAGUACACGCAGGUGCCGCAGACGCCGCUGUACACGCACGCGCUGUUGCGCGACGCGGGCGACGCCUGGGCGGACGUGCAGGACGAAAUGACCCGCUCGUUGGCCACCAUGCGCGUCGACUACGACCAGGUACAAAUCAAAGCCUUGGAGCAGAGUAACAACUCUCUACUAAAUAAACGACGGAACAAGGUGGGUGCUUGA